CGUCGUCAAAAGAAUUAUAAAAGCAUCUGAAACCAAACACUCUCCACACGCUUCAGCCUCUUCACGGCGAACCGUUUCGAUCGCGACCCUUCGUUGCCGGCGAUUCGGCUUCCCAAACACAAACCCUAUUCAAAUUCAUUGUCCACUUCUUGUGAUUCCUCUCUCUCCCUCUCUCUGCCGCAGAGUGUCUGUUGUCUCUGCAGGAUCCUCUCUCACCUUUGCAAGCCUCUUCUUCUCCGUCGCCAGUUUAUUUUUUAAAUACUUCCGUUUUCGACCACUCCGUCACUGUUCUAAAGUAGUACCGUUUUGCCGCACAAAGUAGGAACUGAAGGAAAACUCUUGGAAAUGAAGGAAAAUGAAGAAAAAACGAAAGGAAGAGAUGAACAUCCAGAGGGAAAGGAGCAUACAGUGGAGGCAAAAGAGGAUGGGAUGGAUAUAACAGAUGAAAAAAUGGAGGCAGAACAAGAGAUGAUGGAGGGAAAGCUUGAAGAGGUGAAAUCAAUAGAUGAAAGAGGGGAGUACCAUGAUGUACAGAUGGAAGAAAAUAACAAUCAGGAUGAGCAAAAGGAUGAGGAGCUGCAAGUCUCUGAUAGCAUAUCUGAAAGUUCUGAUUUCAGUUCAGAUGAAGAUGAACAAUUGCAGUCAGGGCGUGAUGAUGAGUUGGAUCUUGAGAAACCUCUGAGCGAGGAAGAAAUAGAAGAGUUAAUUUCAGAUUUUAUGGGAGUUGAGAGUAAGGCGUCAGACGCUCAAGAAGCACUUGAAAAGGAGUCUCUUUCUAAAGUAGAGAGUGAAGUUAGGAACGAAUUAUCAGAAACACUCCAUGGUGAUGAGUUGAAUAAAGCUGUUGCUGCUGAAAUGAUGACUUUUAAAGAUGAAUGGGAGGCAACUCUUGAUGAGCUUGAAACAGAAAGUGCAAACUUGUUGGAGCAACUUGAUGGUGCUGGAAUCGAGCUUCCAAAAUUAUUCGAAAGAAUAGAAAGGGAUGCCCCUAAUGUUUGCUACACUGAAGCUUGGAAACAAAGAGCCCACUGGGCUGGGACUCAGGUGACAAAAGAAACUGUGGAAUCAUUGGCUAAUGCUGAGAGGUUUCUUCACACUCACCGGCCUGUCCGAAAACGACAUGGAAAACUUUUGGAGGAGGGGGCUAGUGGUUUUCUGGAGAAAAAGCUUGCUGAUGGUGAUGUUAAAGAAUCUUUGUGUGGAACAUCUGAGCUUGACUGGUCAUCUCUAAACAAAGUGUUUUCGGAAAAAAGGGAUGAGUCUAUUUCCUUUGGUAGUAAGCAUUGGGCGUCUGUUUACUUGGCAAGCACUCCACAACAAGCUGCAGCCAUGGGAUUAGAAUUUCCAGGAGUCAAUGAGGUGGAGGAAAUCGAAGAGAUUGAUGCAAGCUUGGCAGAUCCAUUUUUGGCCGAUGCAAUAGAAAAUGAAAGAGAACUUCCCCUCUCCGAAGAACAAAAGAAAAAUUAUAUACGAGUCAAAGAAGAGGAUGAUUUAAAUAGUGAUCUUGAACAUCAACUUCGUUUGAAGCGGAAAAGACGCAAGAAAAGAUCGAAUCAGGUUAUCAGGUGUGCGGCAGAGAGUAUGGAUGAUGAUUGUGUGAUUUUGGAUGGGAACUCUAUUAACCCAAAAUCUGCUGAAGCCCGAGCUAAAAGUCCUGAGACCAGCAAUCAUGUUCAUAAUAAGGAUGUCAACAAAGUGGAAAAUGGGAAUUUGUCUAAUUCAGAUAUAGAUACCAUGACAGAUGAUUCAGCAAACAAUUUUAGGUGUACUGCCUGUAAUAACGUAGCUGUGGAAGUGCAUAGUCACCCCCUUCUAGAAGUUAUAGUUUGCAUGGAUUGCAAACGUUCAAUUGAAGAUAGAGUUGCGAAGGUUGAUGACUCUUUGGAACGUCGUUGUGAAUGGUGUGGUCAUAUUACUGACUUAAUAGAUUGUAGGACAUGCGAAAAACUUUUCUGUGCAUCAUGCAUAAAGAGGAAUAUUGGUGAAGAAUACUUGCCUGAAGCUCAAUCCUCUGGUUGGGAUUGUUGUUGCUGCUCUCCAAUUCCCUUGCGAAGAUUGACACUUGAACUGGAGAAAGCCAUGAGGUAUAAGAAGACAAUAGACUUGAGCUCUGAUUCUAGCUCUGAUUCUAGCUCUGAUUCCAGCUCUGAUAACAAUUCUGCUGAUACAGAUGCCGAUGUUAAUGUAGCAAUCAGCUCAAAGAAGAAAUCAAAGAAGAAAAUUCGGCGGAUAAUCGAUGAUGCUGAAUUAGGGAAAGACACGAGAAGAAAAAUUGCAAUUGAAAAGGAACGGCAGGAGCGUCUUAGGUCCUUGCAGUUUUCUGCCAGAUACAAAACAAUUAGCUCUAUGGGAGAUGUGAAAUCUAUUCCAGAAGGUGCGGAAAUUGAGGUUCUUGGUGAUGCUCACAGUGGUUACAUAGUAAAUGUUGCUAGGGAGAUUGGUGAAGAAGCUGUGAGAGUUCCUUGUAGUAUAUCUGCCAAACUAAAAGUCCAUCAGGUAACAGGGAUAAGAUUUAUGUGGGAAAAUAUUAUUCAGUCUAUCAGUAGAGUAAAGUCUGGUGAUAAAGGUCUUGGGUGCAUUCUAGCUCAUACAAUGGGCCUGGGCAAAACUUUUCAGGUUAUAGCGUUCUUGUACACCGCAAUGAGAUGUGUUGAUUUGGGGCUGAAAACUGCUCUUAUUGUGACUCCUGUAAAUGUGUUGCACAAUUGGCGAAGUGAAUUUAUGAAGUGGAGGCCUUCAGAAGUGAAACCACUUCGCAUUUUCAUGCUUGAAGACGUUUCAAGGGAAAGGAGAUUGGACUUGCUAAAAAAGUGGCGAAAUAAGGGUGGAGUCUUCUUGAUGGGAUAUGCAGCUUUUAGAAACCUGUCUCUUGGGAGGGGGGUGAAGGAUUUGAAUGCGGCCAGAGAGAUCUGUAGUGCCUUGAGGGAUGGACCUGAUAUACUUGUUUGCGAUGAGGCUCACAUUAUUAAGAAUACCAGGGCUGACACAACUCAAGCAUUGAAGCAAGUUAAAUGCCAGAGAAGAAUUGCCUUAACUGGGUCACCCCUUCAAAAUAAUCUCAUGGAAUAUUAUUGUAUGGUUGAUUUUGUCAGAGAAGGAUUUUUGGGGAGUAGCCCUGAGUUUAGAAAUCGCUUCCAAAAUCCAAUAGAAAACGGACAGCAUAUGAAUUCAACUGCAGAGGAUGUAAAAAUUAUGAACCAGAGAUCACACAUUCUGUAUGAGCAAUUGAAAGGAUUUGUGCAAAGAAUGGACAUGAAUGUGGUGAAAAAGGAUCUGCCACCUAAAACAGUCUUCGUAAUAUCUGUCAAGCUAUCGCCCUUGCAGCGGAAACUGUAUAAGAGAUUUCUUAGGCUGUAUGGGUUCAGCGAUGGAAGAGCUGAUGAAAAAAUGAGAAAAAACUUUUUUGCUGCUUACCAGGUCUUGGCUCAGAUUUUAAAUCAUCCAGGGAUUCCGCAAUUAAGAAGAGAAGAUAGCAAGAAUGGUCGUCGUGGUAGCAUUGUUGAUAUUCCAGAUGACUGUUCAAGUGAAGAAAAUAUAGACUACAACAUGGUUACGGGAGAGAAACAAAGAACUAUGAAUGAUUUGCAGGAUAAAGUUGAUGGCUACCUCCAAAAGGAUUGGUGGGUCGACCUACUUCAAAAAAAUAAUUAUAAGGUGUCGGAGUAUAGUGGCAAAAUGAUUUUGCUAUUGGAUAUUUUAUCCAUGUGUGCUGAUGUGGGGGAUAAGGCGCUUGUGUUUAGCCAGAGUAUCCCGACUUUGGAUCUCAUAGAACUUUAUCUUUCAAGAGUAUCUCGAAAUGGAAAACAAGGAAAGUUCUGGAAAAAGGGGAAAGACUGGUACAGAAUUGAUGGAAAAACUGAAAGCUCAGAGCGACAAAAGUUGGUUGAUAGGUUUAAUGAGCCUGAUAACAAAAGGGUGAAAUGCACUUUAAUUUCAACCAGAGCAGGAUCCCUUGGAAUUAAUCUUUAUGCUGCUAACCGUGUGAUUAUCGUUGAUGGUUCAUGGAAUCCAACCUAUGAUCUUCAAGCUAUAUUUCGAGCUUGGAGGUAUGGUCAAAAGAAACCAGUAUUUGCGUACAGGUUGAUGGCACGUGGGACUAUUGAAGAAAAGAUAUAUAAACGUCAGGUGACUAAGGAGGGGUUAGCUGCGAGAGUGGUCGAUAGACAACAAGUGCACAGGACUAUCUCCAAAGAAGAGAUGUUACAUCUUUUUGAAUUUGACGAUGAUGAUGAGAAAACUGAAGCCGUGACUGAGAGAAGCAAGCAAAACGAAGCGACUCAAAGCAAUCUGAUGGAGAAUUCACAGAAGCCGAAGGCCACCUUAUCUCGUGUUGUCUGCGACAAAUUGAUGGAGAACUUACUACAGAGACACGGGCCAAACUGGAUUUCCAGUUUCCAUGAGCACGAGACAUUGCUACAAGAGAAUGAAGACGAAAGACUGACAAAGGAAGAAAAAGAUAUGGCCUGGGAAGUUUACAGAAGAGCACUUGAAUGGGAAGAAGUUCAGCGGGUCCCUCUUAGUGAAUCUUCAGUGCUCCCAAAACCUUCUCCUUCCAUACAAACAGAACCGUUACCCAUGCCUAAGGGGUUCAACAGAAGUCGUUUUGUGAACCGCAACUGCACUAGAAUUGCCCACCAGCUUACACUCAUAAGCCAAGGAAUAAAACUUGGUAGUAGCACAUUCUGUGGGGAGUGUGGGAUCGUUUUAACAUGGGCAGACUUUAGACCUGCAUCUAAAACUUCAGAGGUAAACUAAAUAGUAAAUGAAGAUUGCAAAAAAGUUGAGUUUUUCUUUUCUUUUUCUUUUAAUUGUGAGACUGUAACCCAAAUUAAUGGGAAUAGUAUCAUUUAAACAUCCCUUUAGAUUAUAGAUGAGUUACAUUAUAGUUCUAUUGCGGAGAACAAAUCAGAGUGUUUGUUAGGGGAUCAACUUCUAAUCAUGUUGAAACUUGUGUCUUGUAAAUCUAAAGGCGAUUAAGGAUUUGUAGAUUUACUGAUGUCAUUGUUUUUCGAGAUUUGAAUAUACAACUUUUAUUCAAUA